AUGUUCAUCCUAUUCGCACUGUUGAUGGCCAUCGUCUAUGCGACAAACCAAGUCGACUAUGCCCAGCACACAUUUGUUCUCGUUGGAGACUCGGAAACGGCUAAUCAUACAGGGUAUGGAGGCUGCCUAGAAGACUUUCUACACAAAUCAACGGUAUUGAAUUUUGCCAUCGGUGGCUUCACGACGAGGGACUGGCUUCGCGCCAACAACACAGCACAUCGUAACGAAAUGUUGAAGGCUGCGAAGGAUGCGCGAGCGAAAGGAGACGUUGUGAUUUGUUCGCAGGCCUUUGGUGCGAAUGAUGAGAAGGUUGGGACAUAUAAGUACGUUCCUCCAACCAAAUUCUCGCACAACAUGGGAAAGAUUCACAUGGAGCUGAAAGAGGUUUGCACUUAUGCCAUCAUCACGACGCCAUACAUCCGUCGAUGGUAUAAUCAGGAUGGAGUCCUGAAGCCAAACGGCGAAGAGUACGCUGCAUUGAGCAGGGGCGUAGCGAACAAGACCCAUUCUAUGCUGGUCGACAUGCACGCGCUUUCCGAACGGCGCCUAAGCAACUGGACACCUGUUGAGGCUUACGCAAUGAACCUAUCACCGGGUGAUAGAACGCAUCUCAACCAGAAGGCCUGCAAACAAGUGGCGGAGUGGUGGGCAGACGAAUUUUCAAAGGUCUUUUAUCGAUACUUGACACAAGCUGAGAAUGUCCAUGUACCAAAGGACAAGAAGCAUCGAUUCUUCACACAAGAUGAGAAGGUCCAGGGACUAAAGGACAAGAAGGCGCCUGUUAUCUGACGCGGAGAUUGUGAUACUCAUUCAUUCUAGAAAGUCUACAAUGACUCUACAAUAAUCUACAUCUUAAUAUGAUCUUAUCCCC